UGCUCAUCCCGGGAUGCGGUGGGACCGUCGCUCGGAGCGCUGCGCGGAGCCACGGACCGGGGGCUGCUCCCGGCGCUGCGCGGAGCUCGAGGCGCUGAGAGCACAGAAUAUUUUGAGUGUGAAGGGACACAGAAGGAGCACCGAGCUGAACCCUUAUGUGAAUGGCUCAUCUGGGGAUGGAACCCACAACCUGGGCAUCUUCAGCACCCUGCUCCAACCGAGCCAGUCUCAGGUUACAGCAAUGCCCUGCCUGGGAUGGGAAUGCCAAGUACCAGCAAGGGAAUUCCUGUGCCAGUGCAGCUCCUUCCUUUAUGCCGAUAUUGCUUCACACACCAGCCCCUGGAAUGGCCAUAGGGCAGAGCUCCGUGGCUGGUACCUGACCAUGGAACAACACAGGUGCUUGUGCCGCGUCCCUUUCCAGGGAGAAAUGAUCAAGACAAGCCCUGAGGGUUCCCUUGGUCCAUGGCCGAAGUUCUCCUGGAGAGUGCCAGGGCCGGUCCCGCCUGCAGAGGGGCGUUUCCUGCGGUUCCCCAGUGAGAAGAACAUGAACUCACAGACAUUCAGGCCUGGCAGUCCCCUGCAGCGAGAGCUCAGCGCACAUCCACAGAGGCAAUUCCAGCAUCUGAAAGAAAGGAAGAAGAAGAAGAAGGUUAUUUCUUCUGAUUCAAGGUUAUUUCAAGUUCUCAGACCCAAACCACCCUUUGCUCUUGCUCUUGGCCGGGUGAAUCCUGAGCAGUGGGCACAGGUCUGGUCAUUCAUGCUGAUGGGAGCGACGCUUUCUGGGGGAAAUCCGCUGAUUUCCAAAGUUCACUGCCUGCCCCUGCCUGAUCUGCACGGCAGAAAACCUCUUCCAUGGAGGGAUUUUGCUCCAUCUAAUCCCACCUGCCCAGGCUGUUCCAUGUGGAUGGGACAGGCUGGGGCAGCACAGGCAGACACAGCUCUCGGCGCUCCCCGCUCCAAACACAGCUCUGGGCUCCUCUGCAAACUGCCUCUGCCAGGAGGUUUUCUCCAGGAGAGCUCCAGGACUGGCUCAUGGCAGGGGGGAGAUGAAGUUAUCACAAAGGGAAGUAAAGGAUAAAUACUCCUGUAGGAGCCUUUGGGAUCUGCUGGGCUGAGCUGGGAAGGGGACAUUCAUUCCCUGCAGUGCAAAUGCACAGCCGCCUCCAGCACGCAGCAAACGCUGUCAGGUGGGCUCUGAAAGCAGCACUGUGACAAACCUCACCGUCACUCUUCCCUUCAGGGACUUUUGCAAUCAGUCUCUGAAGCUGACCAGCCCCAGAGCUCUGUGCAGCUGCUCUGGAGCAAAAGGAUCCUCCCGGGGCUGAGGCCCAUUCCCAGCCAUCGCUCCCACGGCGGCCCAGAGGCACCACUGGAGCUCGUGUGUGGGGCUGGCAAGGGCUGCAGGAGGACACAGCCCCAGCUGGGGCGGCCCAGAGGCACCACUGGAGCUCGUGUGUGGGGCUGGCAAGGGCUGCAGGAGGACACAGCCCCAGCUGGGGCGGCCCAGAGGCACCACUGGAGCUCGUGUGUGGGGCUGGCAAGGGCUGCAGGAGGACACAGCCCCAGCUGGGGCGGCAGCGGCAGCAGCAAUUCCCAGGCCCUGGCACGGCAGAGCCAAAGGCCGGCGCUGCCGCGGGAGGCGCGGGUUUCGUUCCGCUCCCUGCGCUGCCGCGGCCCGGCAGGAAAUCUCCAGGGGGGCAGAAACUCUCAGGGGACACAAAAUGCAGCAUCUGUCACCCUGGUCCUGGCUGAACUCAGCGUGUGGGGCCACCCCCCACAGGUAAGCACUGACCUGAGCCGGAUCAGCCUCAAACACCGCCCCAGCUGUCAGCUCCCGGCCGCUCCCGGGCUGCCGCCGCUCUCUCUGUGCCUCAGCCUUGGGGGCUGCAGGGAGCAGGGCAGGGACAGCCCGAAGCCAGGGCAGAGCCCUCCGGGUUUGCAACACUCUGGGGACAGCUGGGGACUCACCCAGGGCACGGGCAGGAGCAGGGACCCUCCGGCGCGGGCCGGCGGCGCUGGCGGCUGCUGGGUUCGGCCGCUCAAACACCAAAGCUCGGGGCAAAGGUGGGACGAGUUCAGUGUCCUGAAAGUUUCCUGUCCUGAAAGGGAGGAGAAAGUGGAAAUUAAGGCCACUGUGGAAGCCAAAGGCUCCUGCAUUUCCCACUUCUGUUCUGAUUCCUCACUACAGGGUUCCAUCCAUAAAAAAUGAGAGCUGACACCAAAUAAAAGGGCCCCAUUUCAACUUUUUUCCCUACUGUUUUCAUACAUAAAAAGGAUGCCCAUUUUUUCAAACUGCAUUCUUUGCCUAAUUUUAUCAGAACCAUUUCAAUUCCAGGCCCCACUUGUGAGUUAUUAUUGUGACUCUGGGCAAAGGAAGAGAAGGAUCUGUUCCACACGGGUGUCAUCCCACAGGGAACAGCCCUGGGCCAGCCCCAGCCUGGGCUGAGCACGCUGCCUCCCUCCCCCAUUCUGGAUUCUGGCUCCAGGCCAGUCCGAGUUUCCCCCCAUUUUCCAUGUCUAGAGACAGGAAAUUGUCCUGGUCAGGGUGCAGGACCUUAAACUGCACAUUGAUCUGGGGUUUGCUGGGAUUCCAGCAGGGAAUUCAUGGUUUUACAAAUAAAAACUCUUCCAGGGAGCAGCACUGAAAAGUUGGGAGCUGCUGCUUCACCACACGGUGUCAGCAACAGAGAGGAAACACAAAAUGUGAACCCAAAACCAAGGAUAAAAUGAUUCCUCCUGCUUUUAGUGGGACCAGGGUUAAUUCUGCCCUGGAAUGACGAAGAACCUCUCCCUCAGACCCCCAGAGACCCCUCAAAAAGCCAAAGUGCAGCAGGGAGGGAGGGAAGGAAAGGCACCUCUGCCUCACCU